CCGCCAUGUCGCGGAGGCUGCUGCCCCGGGCGGAGAAGCGGCGGCGGCGUCUGGAGCAGAGGCAGCAACCGGACGAGCAGCGGCGGCGGGCGGGAGCGAUGGUGAAGAUGGCGGCUGCGGGCGGCGGAGGCGGCGGUGGCCGCUAUUACGGCGGCGGCAGUGAGGGCGGCCGGGCGCCUAAGCGGCUCAAGACUGACAACGCCGGCGACCAGCACGGAGGCGGUGGUGGCGGCGGUGGAGGAGCCGGGGCGGCGGGCGGCGGCGGAGGGGAGAAUUACGAUGACCCACAUAAAACCCCUGCCUCUCCAGUUGUCCACAUCAGGGGCCUGAUUGAUGGAGUGGUGGAAGCCGACCUUGUGGAGGCCUUACAGGAGUUUGGACCCAUCAGCUAUGUGGUGGUAAUGCCUAAAAAGAGACAGGCGCUGGUCGAGUUUGAAGAUGUGCUGGGGGCUUGCAACGCAGUGAACUACGCAGCCGACAACCAAAUCUACAUUGCUGGUCACCCAGCUUUUGUCAAUUACUCUACCAGCCAGAAGAUCUCCCGCCCCGGGGACUCGGAUGACUCCCGGAGUGUUAACAGUGUGCUUCUCUUUACCAUCCUGAAUCCUAUCUACUCCAUUACCACGGAUGUUCUUUACACUAUCUGUAACCCUUGUGGCCCUGUCCAGAGAAUUGUUAUUUUCCGGAAGAAUGGAGUUCAGGCCAUGGUGGAAUUUGACUCUGUACAGAGUGCCCAGCGGGCCAAGGCCUCCCUCAAUGGGGCUGACAUCUACUCUGGCUGUUGCACUCUGAAGAUCGAGUAUGCGAAGCCUACACGCCUGAAUGUGUUCAAGAAUGACCAGGAUACAUGGGAUUAUACAAACCCCAACCUCAGUGGACAAGGUGAUCCUGGCAGCAACCCUAAUAAACGCCAGAGACAGCCCCCACUCCUGGGAGACCACCCCGCAGAAUAUGGAGGGCCCCACGGUGGGUACCACAGCCACUAUCAUGAUGAGGGCUACGGGCCUCCCCCACCUCACUACGAAGGGAGACGGAUGGGCCCACCAGUGGGGGGUCACCGCCGGGGCCCCAGCCGCUAUGGCCCUCAAUAUGGGCACCCCCCACCCCCUCCCCCACCACCCGAGUAUGGCCCCCACGCUGACAGCCCUGUGCUCAUGGUCUAUGGCUUGGAUCAAUCCAAGAUGAACUGUGAUCGAGUCUUCAAUGUCUUCUGCUUAUAUGGCAAUGUGGAGAAGGUGAAAUUCAUGAAAAGCAAGCCGGGGGCUGCCAUGGUAGAAAUGGCUGAUGGCUAUGCUGUGGACCGGGCAAUCACUCACCUCAACAACAACUUCAUGUUUGGGCAGAAGUUGAAUGUCUGCGUCUCCAAGCAACCAGCCAUCAUGCCCGGUCAGUCAUAUGGGCUAGAGGACGGGUCCUGCAGUUACAAAGACUUCAAUGGCUCAAGGAACAAUCGAUUCUCCACCCCGGAGCAGGCAGCCAAAAACCGCAUCCAGCACCCUAGUAAUGUGCUACAUUUCUUCAAUGCCCCUCUGGAGGUGACUGAGGAGAACUUCUUUGAGAUCUGUGAUGAGCUGGGAGUGAAGCGGCCCUCUUCUGUGAAAGUGUUCUCAGGCAAAAGUGAGCGCAGCUCCUCCGGGCUGCUGGAGUGGGAAUCCAAGAGCGAUGCCCUGGAGACGCUGGGCUUCCUGAACCAUUACCAGAUGAAAAACCCAAAUGGGCCAUACCCUUAUACUCUGAAGUUGUGUUUCUCCACUGCUCAGCAUGCCUCUUAAUUAGGUGCCCAGGAAGAGGCCCAUCUGAGCAGGAACACAUUUUUCCUUUAUGCUGUUUUUUGUUUUGUUUUGGUUUUGGCAGAGUUCUUGUAUUCCUUUUUUUAAUACUAGGGUAGUAGAGGCUUAACCAUUAUGGAAAUGCUGGAAGUCUGGAGGGGGGAGGGGGAGGGGAACAGAUGUCUCCCAAGAUUAACCUUCACUUUUUAAAAUUACUGUACAUGUGAUUUCCCCCCCUGUUCAUACAUUCGUGCUGCCCAUGUACUCUUGGCACAUUUCAAUAAAAUUGUUUGGAAAAUAAACA